CCGCCGCCGCCGCACUUCGUGUAGCUCCUCCUCCUCAGAAAUGGAGGCCAGCGCCGCCGCAGCUUUGUAUCCCGCGCACCGAUGCAAAAACUUAUACCUGGUGAGGCAUGCCCAGGGUGUUCACAAUGUGGAAGAAAAGAAGGAUGUUGUAGACUACACUUUACCUGAGCUGCUUGAUGCUCAACUCACCCCUCUCGGAUGGAGCCAAGUUGAUUGCCUGCGAGAGCAUGUGACGAAAUGUGGACUAGCAAAAAAGAUUGAGUUGGUUAUUGUUUCCCCUCUAAUGAGGACUAUGCAAACUGCAGUGGGGGUCUUUGGUGGUGGGAACUGUACUGAUGGAGUAAGUGCACCCCCAUUAAUGGUAGAAGGUGCAGAAAACAGUGGACGCCAGCCGAUUUCAAGUUUGAACUGCCCACCAUUCCUUGCAGUUGAGGCCUGCAGGGAGCAGUUGGGUGUUCUUACCUCUGUCAAGAGGAGCAGCAUAACAAGAUACCGUACUCUCUUUCCUGCCAUUGAUUUUUCCUUGAUAGAGAAUGAUGAAGAUGUUCUUUGGGGACCCGAUGUCAUAGAAGCAAAUGAGUCUGUUGCUGCCAGGGGCAUGAAUCUGUUUGACUGGUUAUGGACCAGAGAAGAGAAAGAGAUAGCUAUUGUCAGCCAUUGCGGUUUCUUGUAUCACACCCUAAACAUGUAUGGCAAAGAGUGUCAUCCAACCGUAGCAGAGGAACUGGGCAAGAGCUUUGCCAACUGUGAGCUCCGGUCGAUGGUGCUGGUCGACAGAAGUAACCUUGGAUCGGAUACCUCUACAUACAACUUCGCUGGGAAGAUACCGACCGGGCUCGAUAUGCCUAGCGAUGUCGCAGACAAGAAGCACACUCAGUGACGGAGCCAGAAAUUUUAUGGAGCUUGGGCAAGUUAAGACUAAGUGCAUAAUAAUCACACAAAAUUUAAUUUUGAAGUAAGCUAAUAUAUCAAUAUCCAAAUAAAGUUGAGACAUAACAACAAAAGAUACAUAUUCAGCUUUGCAAGAAUAGAGAUGGUCAGAAUAUUUGGAGGAUACUCACAAAUUUGUUUUCUCUUUCCUGGAUCGCGCUUAAUAUCAUUUGGAUUAAAUCCAAUGGCAAUGUUAGGAGUUGGUGGUGCCUCCACUUCUAUUUCCGGUUGCACGCCAUUCCCA